GUUUCCUGCUUAGUGGCCUGGCGAUGUAGAGUUUCCUUCGAAGACUCCAUCUGGGGAUGCCUUCAUAGUUCUCCUUUCUUUUGUAUGAAAAUAUUCCCUUGGGUGAAAAAGUAGUAAAAUGUCAUGUCAGAAGCGUUGUCCAAAAACCAAAAACCACCAGAUAAUGUUUCAUCGGAAGAAGCUGUAGAUGACUGGACCGGGGUGCAUGGAAGCCACAAUAUAGACUCACCAUCUGAGACCAGGUUACCAACACUUGACCAUCUAUCACGGCAGGCACCCUACAACAACUUGGACACCCAGGGAAGCCACAACAUCGAUAGAGAGUACAAGCCAAAAACAAUGGAGUACACAACCAGAGACAUGGGUGAAUUGUCUUAUUCAGAAGAUCAGGUUACAUUAGCGAUUAGUCAGAUAAGGAAAACUGCAUUUAGUAGCCAGGAACAACUCUACCUGCUUCUUGUCUACAAUGACCUGCAGGAGUGCUUCAACAUCUUGUGCUAUGAUUAUAAUACUUGGUCGCUAGAACAGCUAGAACAACUAGUUCUAACUAACCAACUCAGAAACGCUAACCCUCUAGGCUACAAACGCACCCAACCGAAGCUGCAAAAUAUUUUACAGCAGUCAACUAUUACUGACUAUCAGAGGAUCAUCAACUCGAUGGGUAUUGAAGCAAAUGCAUACAGAGGGUUCUUGCUGACACAUGGAAUCAAGAUAAUUGAGCGGGAAGACAUCAUAGUUCGUACUAGAAUCGCCCACAAAAGUUCAUGUUGUGGAACUGUCUACAAAGCUGAAUGGAGAAGACCAAAUGGAACUACGGUUGACGUAUGUGUGAGGUAUGCGGAAGACUUUGGACAAGAAGACCGAUUUCUAGAAGAGGCAAAAUGGCUGGCUAAAUUGCACCAUGAAAAUAUUCUACAGCUGUACGGGGUGGUGGUCUUUGGGCCAUAUGCACAUUCAGUUGCAUUGGUUCUAGAGUAUGCUAAUAGGGGAAGUUUGCUUGAGUGUUCUUCUCGUCAAGAAAUCACAACAGUCCGAGCAGUCCAUUCCAUUGCCUGUCAAAUUGCAGCUGCUCUGGUCUACUUGGAGGAAAAUGGCUUUAAAGCAUUCUUCAUUGGACACCAUUCUUUCUUUGUUUUUGAUAACCAAAAAAUCAAGUUUGGUGGCUUCCAAAGAAGCCUUCUCAAUUUUGAUACAAGUGAGAAAUCAACAUCUGCUGUUUACCGCUAUGGCCACCUGUUACUGGACUUGUUCCAGAACCUGCCAACUUUACAAAGAAGCUAUAAACUGUUUGGCCAGGACUGGCAACAAUUUGAUGCCCCAAAAAAGAUAGUAGAAGUCUGCCAAAUCUGUAUAUCUCCUGUGGAUAACAAGCAGAUGUCCAUUAAAGAAGUUCUUCUUAUGCUGGAGCAGAUCAAAUUCACAGUACUGACCGUCAAAGAAGAUUACACAUCUCACACGCCAAUUGAAAUGAAUCUCAAGAAAGGAGAAGAGAUAACGGUUUUAUCUGAAGAUCCAUCUUGGUUCAUUGAGGCAGUCAGCGUGGAUGUGGACACCGCGGUUUCUUCUGUAGCGGAUCUGUGGGUUGGGCAGAAGAACGAUGGGACCUUUGGGUGCUUUCAUACAAGCCACACACAAACCACGGAUAAACUUCCAAGUAGCAUACAAGACGAUCGGGUCCCUGCGGAAAUCUUGGCGCGAGGGCCUGAGGCUGAGCAUGCGUACCGAAACGCGCUGCUGGAAGGCAAGGUCCAGGUGUAUCGCGGGCGAAUCAUGCUGAUUGGUCAAGAUCGCGCGGGAAAGACGAGUCUGAAAAAGUCUCUGCUCGGAAUUCCAUUUGACCCAGGUGAAGUUAGCACCGAGGGAAUCGAGGUGGAUCCAUCUACAUUUGAGGUGGAUGUCGAGCAAGUCAGCCGCUGGCAACGGUUAUGUGACAGUGAUAAAGCUGGAAAUUCAAACAACCAAUCAGUACGCGCGCUCGCUAGGCUGAUUGCUGAAGAGUUAUUCCGGGGCCAGGCAUCCCAAGACAUGCCCGAUGUUAAGGCUAUCGCCAGUUUAGCUCAACGGCAAGAUUUAGCAGAUGCAUCACUUGUAGAAACGGUGACGACGUCCGUGGAACAAUUAUCGAUUGAAAGUGAUGAUCCCAUCGACUCAACCGUCCCAAAUGUUGAAGAACACUCUUUUAUUACAGAAACAGAAACCAUUGCUUUAAAACUUUCCUUGCCAGAGGAAUUAGUCGCCCUCGUCUCACAAGAAUUAGGCUCUUUAUUAGCAAAAAAGAAUGGCGAUCAUAUGGAGACUCGAAAGGAGACCGUCCUGGACGUGUGGGACUUUGCAGGACAACACUUGUACUAUGCCACGCAUCCCGUGUUCUUUUCGUCCAGAGCUGUCUACGUCCUCACGCACAACUUGAGCAAGAACCUGAACGAGAGGGCGGAGCCUUGCAUGCGACAGGGCGUGGCUGAUAUCAAGCUGGACAACGCGAACAAUGAGACGAACCUGGAGAACCUGAUCUCGUGGCUGGUAACGGUCCACUGCAUCCAGAGCCUGGAGGAGCGAGAUGAAGAGGCCGAGCUGCUUUCAGACAAGACAGGCACAACUCGCGCCACUAAAACAAAGUAUCUGCGCCCGCCUGUAAUCAUAGUCGGCACACACGCUGACCAACCGUGCGUUCCAGUCAAGCAGGCGCACGCGCUCCUGGCCGAAGAAAUUUGUGGUAAGACAUAUGACGAGCACGUGAUUCGGCCGUUCUUUUCGGUAGACAAUACCAAGUCGUCAGAUGACCAGGGAAUACAGGAUCUAAAAACUAAGAUCGCUCAUGUGCUGGAGUCAGAGCCGUACAUGGGAGAGACGCUACCCGCCAAGUGGUUCAAUUUCGAGAAGGCCAUAGCUGAGCAGAUAGAGCGCAAUGUGUACUUCUUACCGCUGAGCGAAGUGCGGCGUAUCGCGCAAACCGAGUGCUUUAUCAUAGACGACCAAGAGGUUAACACCAUGCUGAACUUCUACCACGAUCUGCGGGUGAUCGUCAAGCACGCGGGCACGGUAGUGCUGCAGAGUCAGUGGCUGAUUAAUCUGUUCAAGAAGUUGAUCACAGUACGCACCUUUGACCACAUGGAUCCUAUGCACGCAAAGUACUGGAAGACCCUGGAGAAGACGGGAACCCUGCACCAGUCUCUGAUAGAUCACGUGUUUGGCGAGAUUGUCCCUGGUAACAGCCAGGCGCAGCAGGAUCUUUUAUCCAUGAUGGAACGUUACGGUUUGAUUGCCAGGCUUAACGCACCAGAUGAAAACAGCCAGCAAUCCGUGCAGUACUUCGUCCCGGCUCAACUCACCUCCUCACCCGAGUCUCUGACUAAAGCUUGUCCUAAAGAUGGGGACCCCUGUCCUCUGCUCAUCCACUUUCCGGACGGCUUUGUCCCACAUGGCUUGUUCCCGCAGCUGGUGUCUCGUCUCAUCGUCAAGUUUUCGGAGCUCGGGUUCUCACACAAGCCGAAGCUGCACCGUAAUGGCGCCCGGUUCUUUAUCGGCCCCAGCCGAGACUUUGACUUGUAUCUCGUGUGCUGCAAACGGUACGUCAAGGCCACACUCACGGCGGGAACCCCCACGGCUUGGCAAGCAUGCAACGUAGGCUUACCGAAACAAGUGCGCAUGCUCCUUGAGGACGCGCUUAGUGAGCUGUCACGUGAGUGGGACUGGCUCGAGCGCAUGAGCACUGAGUUGUGCGUGCUGUGUUGCGCAUGCGCUGUUGAAGAGUGCGAAGAGCAUGGUCAGGUGGAGUGCCCGGAUGAGGGUUGUGGUCACGUAAUCAGUGUCGAGGAAAGACCGCUGGUCUGCGAGAACGUCUCUGAGAGGGCGCGUCUCGUGGCUCCUGGACUAGAGCGAUGGUUUGAUGAUGAGCAUGUCGACGAGACGUGUGAAUGCGUCCCCAAGACCGGCCAGCCUUCGCGCGAGGACCUGGUCCUGUUAGCAGAUGACAUCGGUGUCGUCUGGGAGCGUCUGGGUCGCGCCCUAGGCCUCAAGGACUCGAUCCUAGAACAACUUAAAGCUGACGAGUCCAAACUUUAUGAACGCUGCUAUGGCAUGCUUGAGCGGUGGAAUCAAACCCAAGGCGCCAGCGCCACUUUUGAGAACCUGGGGCAAGCGCUACUACAUUCAACCGUGUUGAGAAGAGACUUGGCUCGAAAGUACUGCGGGAUGGUCACAGUGUGAUGUCGUGUUCGGUGGCAAAGCGCUCGUCUGUAGUCAAGGAGAGCCCGAGCAGCUGGAAUAAAGGGCGCCUGCGCUUUCAGUUUGUAUCGUAAAUAUUUUGUAGCUUAAAAAGAAACUGCUAAAUCCAAACAGUUUUAAGGUAUAUUUUAGAUGUAUGCUCGAAUAAAUGCGUCCCCCUAAUAAGUACCCCCUCUAGGAGGGAAAAUAUGAAAAAACAACUCACCUAAACGUGUACCCUGCGAGCGUUGGUUUCCUCUUACUCUUAGGCCAUUGGCGAGCGAGGAGGACUUCGAUAAUUACUUUGUUAGCGGCAUGUUGGAAGGGGAGCUAUGAUAACUGACUACAUUCAAAAUUUUUGUUAUGGUUAUGGGAGGAUUUUUACUACUUUCAUUUUGUUAAGAGGCUUUUUUUUAUUUAGAGAUAAAAUGGACUCUGAAGUAAGAACCUCACCGGAAUGAGCGCGUCGCCUGGGGCAUGAAAAUUUAAAAAAGCUAAUUGAGCAGACACGAAAUAUGGAAACUCACUUAAGUUUAAGCCCUUUGCGCGUUUGCGCGCAACGGGGUAUUUGCUCAGAUUACGAAACGUAAUUUGACCAGGUUGCACAAUUUAGUUGUAUCACAGGCUUACCAACCUCUCAGUCAGUCUCCAGUCAAUCCCAGUAACUAGCUCGGACUAGCUUCUAUAGGCAUCAAGUAACGCGGAAUCCCUCAUACCGCUUAUUCUGUAUUAAAUACACAUCACAAAGCAAUGACAGUUUAUUGUGACCUCUAUUCUAGGAUAUGAGAUAAUUAUAGGACAAUUACAGGAGGUGAUCAGUCGUGAAAAUAUUCGAGCUAGCUACUGGGGUUGAGUGGAGACUGACUGUGAGGUUGGUAAGUCUGUGGUUGUAUGCGACACCUUUACAACUCGAGUGUAAACCAUGACAUGUCGUAGGCAGGUCGUAUACGACUAAAUAGUGCUGUCUAAAUCGGCAUUAAAUAAUCACGGAUCGCAAGUCAAGGCUCAUUUCAGCCAAAUUAGAGGGAGGAUUUCUUGGUUCAUUCCUCCAGCGUUGCUUACUAUCAACUUUAUUUUGUAUUGCCUUCUUUAUGUUUGGAGUUUAUUUAUUAACCUAACACGAGAGUGAAGUCCACUGUAAUCCAUACCUGGAUUGUACCAGACAAGGUUAGAUUAAGUUUUUUUUUUUUUUGUAUUUUGAAUAGAAAAAGCAGAAUAAAAAUUGAAAAAAGAUA